AUGAGUCAAAAUUUAAACAAUACUGAAACUAGAGAACUUCCUAGGUCACAGGAUGACUCGUCUAGCUUGAAAGAAGCUGAUGAGGCCAACAUUCAAGAACUUCCAGUUCAACCCACUACUGUUCGCGACAGCGAAGAAGUAUUAAAGUGGAGUACCCGCAAAUCUUUAAGUGUUUGGCUUUUAAUUUGUUAUUCUAAUGGUCCCGUCAGUUCUAUGGCAAGAUCAUAUGUCCCUGCAAGUAUUCAAUCCAUCGCAAAUGCUGUUGGCCAUUUGAAAGGAACGGACAAACCAUGCCCUCGAAAACUGGCUACAGGCCAACGAUGUUUGGUUAAAUUUGGUAAUGGUGAAAUUGACUACAAUAGUUACUCUCUUUACAUCAAGGCUAUUACAACAUCCAUUGAAGGUCUUUUAGGUAUCUUCACUACAGGUGUUGCAGAUUACACCAACUACAGAAGAGGAAUUAUGUUUGGUACCCUUUUUCUGUAUAGUGCGUCUGCACUUCCUGCUGCUGGUCUUUGGGAAAAAAAAUAUAGUAAUCUCGUUGGUUUGGCCUUUUUAUACUCACUCAUGAUUUGCAUUGACUCUGUAUAUCAAAUUAUUGAAGGAUCUUACAUUCCUAUAUUUAUGCGAUCUCGUGCUUCUGUCAAAAUUAAGGGCACUGAACCUGAACAAAUAAAAAGAAAAAUGGUUUUGGCACAAGGUUCACUUGUUAGUGUUUUGGGUAUUGUUAUUGGCAAUGUUGGUGGCAUCACUGCCACUUUAAUUGGUGUAAUUAUUACUUAUAACUGGGGUGCUGCUGCUUCUAUUGGUUACAAACGCUUUUUGCUUGCCGUUACUAUUGCCGGUUGCAUUUCUAUGGUGGCUGUUUCUAUUGCUUUUUUCAUUUUCCCAAGUGUUAAAGGACUUGAAAAGCCUAAGAAUGUCAAUAUUUUAACUGUUUCUGUUAAACGAUUUUUUGGUCUUUUAAAAGAUAUUCAAAAAUAUCCUGAAGCAUGGAAACUCUGUAUUGGUUGGGUCAUUUGGAACGUUUCAUAUUCAAACUUCCUUUCUGUUUUUAAUCUCUUAUUUCGAAGUGAAUUAGGAUUGGGUACUGCUGAUGGUGAAUACACAGUUUGGACUUUGAUGACUAUGGUUAUUUCUACUUUGUUUUCUCUUACCUGGAUGUAUGCGUACCCUAGAACUCCACUCAAAAUUAAGCACUGGGCUUAUGGAUUUUUCUUUAUUUCAUUUUUUGCUAACCUCUGGGGCUGUAUUGGUAUCCCUGAUCAUGUCAAUGUUGGCUUCAAACACCGCGCUGAAUUUUGGGUUUUUGAGAUUUUCUAUGCUGGCACCUCUAGUGCUCUCCGUUCUUUAAAUCGUACUCUGUACAGUUCUCUUCUUCCUGAGGGUAGCGAAGCCAAGUUUUUUGGUUUGGAAAUCACAAUGGGUGUUGCUGUGGGUUGGAUUGGAAGUUUAGUCAAUGCCACCAUUCAGGACAGAACUGGCAAUUUGCGCUGGCCCAUGGUUCCAAAUUUGUUUUUAGUUCUUAUUGCUGCCGGUCUUUACUGCUGGGUUGACGUUGACAAGGGUAUGAGUGAUGCCCAAAAGGUUGAUGUUGUUUUUGAAGGAUCUGGGCCUUCUGAGGUUAUUGAGGAGCCCAUUGAGAUUGUUCGUGAAGAGUCUAACGAUUCUCUUAAAAAAUAA